AUUGUUUCAGUCGUAUUAGAAAAUUAUGGCAGUCCAUCUAAAGAGUCCAACAACCCCAACCAGAGCAGAUGGGUGCAAGAAGUGCUUAAAGUUGAGGGUCAUGUCUCUCCUGCUCCAGAGUUCACGAUGAAGGUUCCCUCUUGGAGGACAAUUGUGAAUGAAAAGGGCGAAGUAAAUGUGACAGAGGAGGAUGCAAUGAACCCUGGCUUUUGGUCUAAGGUCUGCCUGCAUAAUAUGGCCAAGCUGGGCAAGGAGGCUACUACAAUGCGGCGUGUUUUGGAAUCUUUGUUCCGCUAUUUUGAUAAUGGAAAUUUAUGGCCUGCUGAACUUGGGCUAGCUUUUCCUGUCCUGAAGGAUAUGCAGUUUUUAAUGGAUGAUUUGGGGCAAAAUACACACCUGCUGCUGUCAAUAUUAGUCAAGCAUCUUGAUCAUAAAAAUGUCCUUAAGAAACCAGAUAUGCAGAUUGACAUUGUUCAGGUUACUACCUCCCUUGCUCGACACACAAAGGUCCAGCCUUCUGUCGCUAUUAUCAGUGCAGUCAGUGAUGUUAUGAGACAUCUGCGGAAAAGCAUACAUUAUUCACUUGACGAUGAAAAUCUGGGAGCUGACUUAAUCAAAUGGAAUGGAAAAUUUCGGGAUGCAGUGGAUGAAUGCCUGGUGGAAUUAUCAUAUAAGGUUGGAGAUGCUGGCCCUAUCCUGGAUGUUAUGGCUGUGAUGUUGGAGAAUAUCUCAAGCAUUACAGUCAUAGCCAGAACUACUAUUUCCUCUGUUUAUCGUACUGCUCAAAUUAUAGCUUCUAUGCCAAAUCUGUCAAACCAGAACAAGGCAUUUCCAGAGGCGUUAUUUCAUCAGUUACUCCCAGCUAUGGUCCAUCCAGACCAUGAAACACGAGUUGGAGCUCACCGCAUAUUUUCUGUUGUUCUUGUGCCAUCUUCCAUUUGUCCUCAGCCAGGCUCAGCUAUGUCAGGGUCGAAGAAGGCUACAGACCUUCCGAGAACUCUUUCAAGAACUGUUUCUGUCUUUUCUUCUUCAGCUGCCCUUUUUGAAAAGCUGAGAAAUGAAAGGUCAAGGGAAAUUCUUAACCAGGAGAACAAAGAAAAGCUUUCCAGUGAGGAGGAACAGAGAAAUAACAAUAAUGGGGUGCUGAACAGAAUUAAGUCAACUUAUAGCCGAGUGUAUAGCUUCAAAAAUGCACCUGCAGAAGAUGGAAAUUUGACGAAUAAUGCAAAUAAGGAUGUGGAAGCCAUUUCUCUUAGGUUGAGUAGCCACCAGAUUACCCUUCUGCUUUCAUCGAUUUGGGCACAAUCCAUUUCUCCUGCAAAUAUGCCUGAAAAUUAUGAAGCAAUUGCUCACACAUACAGCCUGGUUUUGCUGUUCUCACGAGCCAAGAACUCCAGUCGUGAGGUUCUGGUCCGAAGUUUUCAGCUAGCAUUUUCAUUACGAAGACUCUCUCUUUCUGAAGGAGGGCCACUGCUACCAUCACGUCGCAGAUCCCUUUUUUUCUUGGCAACUUCUAUGAUAAUUUUUUCAUCAAAAGCAUAUAAUAUUCUGCGGCUUAUUCCAUGUGUCAGGGCUACAGUUACAGAUAAAACGGUUGAUCCAUUUCUGUGUUUGGUUGAAGAUUGCAAAUUACAGACCAUUGAUUCUGGAUCUAGCCAUCAUAAAACCGUUUAUGGAUCUAAAGAAGAUAAUAAUACUGCUCUGAGAUUUUUUUCAGAAAUACAAAUCACUGAGGACCAGAAGUUAGAAUCCUUAGCUUCUGUCGUUGUGGAGAGUUUGGAUACCUUAUCAGAUUCUGAGCAGUCCACCAUAAGGGAGCAGUUGCUCAAUGAAUUUCUACCUGAUGAUGUGUGUCCUCAAGGAGCCCAGUCAUUCAUGGAUGCUCCCCAAAAACUAUAUCAGUCUGAUUCAAAUAACCGUAAAUCUCCAGAUGAGGCUGCCCCAAUUUUUGCAAUAGAUGAUGAUGCUCUAACAGAUUCGUUCGAAAGUCAAGCUAAACACAAUCCACAGUUGGACUUUGAAAUCCCCAACCUGUUGAGUGUCAAUCAACUUCUAGAAUCAGUUUUGGAGACAGCACAUCAAGUUGGGCGAAUCUCUGUGAGCACUGCACCUGACGUGUCAUACAAGGAAAUGGCCCAUCAUUGUGAGGCACUUCUACUAGGAAAGCACCAGAUGAUGUCCCACUUGAUGGUCAUGCAGCAUGGACAAGAGAACUUGUUGAGCAGAACUUCUCAAAGUGUUGAUGUGGACAAGCAGAUGGCUUCUUAUGCCCGUGUUGAUGGAGGUUUCCAAGUGGUUGGCAAUCCUUUCCUGGAUCCGGAGGCAGUAGCAAUUUCAAAAAAAUCAUCUGGUGUUAGUGUUCCAAUGCUGUGUGCAAGUGCGUAUCAACAUCAUCCUCACUCCUUCCUGUUACCAGCAUCAAGCCCUUACGAUAACUUUUUAAAAGCUGCUGGAUGUUGAUAUGAUACAAACAGGAAACUAUCAAGUCUUAGAUAGAGAGUUUGAAUGCUCCCAAGUGGCUGCUUGACCCUCUUGCCCAAAGGCUUCCUUGGUACAAGCAGCCUAUGUUUCCGAACAUUUACAGAGGUGGUAUACAGAAAUGGGGGGCAAAUUCAUCAGAGCUGUGAUCAGGAUUUUGAUUGAUUUGGGAGGUUCUUCAAUCAAAUUCUUUCGUUCUUUUAUUUUUCUCCCGUUUCAUGUAAUGUGUGUAGUCUAUCACCAUUGUGGAGGCAUAUUCUAGAUUUUCCUCCCGGAAAGUAUGGAGUUUCAGCAAGAUGUGUGGGUUAAACCAGAGGGUUUCCCAUCCUGUUUAAACGUUUUGAUGUACAAAAACAAAUAUUUACUGUCGAAUGUAUUCUUGCCGUUUGUUUAAUGGAAAUAUCUGUAAACUUCAAAACUUGCAUAAUGUUUUGGGGAUGAAAGACCCAUAUUGUAACAUCUGCACUGCUGGUCCUUUAAGUUGCUUACAGUCUGUUGUUGAGUUGUUAGCUUAGUAUCCAUUAGUGGCUGCUUGAAGAAAUUGUGUUUGUAACUGAAUACACCUUUAGGCACCAUGAAUUGUCUUGAAAUCAAG